AUGGCGAGGCCCAAUUCCAGAAUCUCCGAUAGCAGCAGGUUCAUGGAGAGCAUCUCCGCCUCAGUGCCUUUCAAGAGUCUGCUCUCGAAAGCGAAGCAGAAGUCGAUCUCAAAUCGCCGCUCGAAAAUCAGGUCGGACGGUGAGAACAUAGCUCCCAUCGAUCCCAACAUUCAAAUUCGCGAUCCUCCUCUUUCUGCCUCGAUCUCGUUGCCCAAAAAAUCGCCUUCCAAGGUUAAAGUUAGUCCUAUAACAGAGGAUCUUACUGCAUCCGUAGUGUCUGAGAAAGUACCAGAAGGUCACGAUCCUCCAGUGAAGGUUGUGGUGAGGAUUGGAACAGAAAAUGGCCUUGGAAUUGGUGAAACCUCGGUCAGCAAAGUUUCAAAGAAUUCUCUAUGUGUUGCUGGCUUAAAUUACACAUUUGAUUCAGUAUUUGAAUCGGCGUCGACACAGGAGGAUGUUUACAAAUCAGUAGGUGUUCCCUUGGUUAAGGAUGCACUUGCUGGUUAUAAUACAACAAUCCUGGCUUAUGGACAGACUGGUAGUGGGAAGACAUACACAAUGUGGGGACCUCCAAGCGCCAUGGUUGGAGGUCCAUCAGUCAAUGGUCCUCAGGGUAUAGUGCCACGCAUUUUCCAGAAGCUUUUCUCAGAAAUUCAAAAGGAGCAAGAGGAUCCUGAUGGAAGAAUAAUAAAUUAUCAGUGCCGGUGUUCGUUUCUUGAGGUGUAUGAUGAGAAAAUCAGUGACCUACUUGAUCCAACACAACGGGAUUUAGAGAUAAAGGAUGAUGUGAAAAAUGGAUUUUACGUAGAGAAUUUGACUGAGGAAUAUGUAUCAUGCUACGAGGAUGUCACUCAAAUUUUAGUUAAGGGCCUAUCAAAUAGAAAAACUGGAACAACAAGAAUCAACUCCAAGAGCUCAAGAUCCCAUAUUAUGUUCACAUGCAUAAUCGAGUCUUGGUGCAAGGAGUCCUCGUCAAAGUGCUUUGGUAUUUCAAAGAUUAGUCGGAUUAGUCUUGUCGAUUUGGCUGGAUUCGAGAGACACAUACUUGAGAAUGCUAGCAGACAGCAUGUGAAAGAAGGAAAAUAUAUUAAGAAGUCAACAUCACAGAUUGGGCGCUUGGUAAAUAUUCUUGCAGAACGAAGUCAAUCAGGUAAAUCGGAAGACAUUCCAUACAGAAGUUCCCGUCUGACACAUGUGUUGAGAGAAUCGUUUGGUGGCAACGCUAAGCUCUCUGUUAUAUGCACCAUUUCUCCAAACAACAAGUGUAGUAGUGAAACACUAAGCACUCUGAGAUUUGGCUUGCGGGCAAAACUGAUGAAGAAUGAACCCGUGGUGAACGAAAUAACAGAGGACGAUGUUAAUGAUUUAAGUGACCAGAUUCGGCAGCUGAAGGAAGAACUCAUGAAGGCUAGGUCCAGCACAUCCAACUCUCUUAGCAGCAACAACCAUGGAUAUUUCCAAAGGGGAAAUGUGCGCGCGAGCCUGAACCAGCUGAGACUGAGCCUCAAUCGUUCGCUUAUAUUACCACGAGUAGAAAAUGAUUCUGAGGAAAAUUUGCACAUUAACGAGGAUGAAGUUAAGGAAUUAAAGCUUCACAUUGAUAACUUACGUGCCUCUCAUGAAGACAACAUGAAGGAAGACUCAGAGUAUGGAGAGAAUACGUUAUUGUAUUCUGCAGAAGGUUGUGAGACAGAAUAUACUUGUGAACAUUAUCUGAGUUGUUCCGAAGAAAGCGAAAAUGAAGAAAUCAAUGCGAGCACAAAAAGUUCGAUUGCUGUACAUAUUCCACCGAGUACGGCCCUUCUAGAACCUAUGUUAUCGGAAUCUCCUAAAAUAAAUAAUUUUCAGAGGAAAAGCCUAGUUUUCCAGUCAUCGAACCACGAGAGUAACAACGGAGGUCCUUGCAAAAACGUGGAAGUGAUUCGGCAAUCACAGCAAUCAGAUGUCCUUAAAUCCUCCUUGAGAUCUAGUAAGAUAUUUGAGGGCGCUACCGAGUCCUUGGAGGCUAGUCUACACAGAGGGCAACAGAUCAUCGAUUCGGCCCCAGCUAGAUCAUCCGUGUCAUUCUCUUUCGAGCACUUGGCUCUCAAACCGUGUCUGAAAGCCGACAAGGCUAAUGCCUCAGUUCAGACGUCGGAUCAACCAUCUGUUGGCACAUUUAUUUGCAUUCGAUGUCAAGGAAAAGAAGAUAGCAAUGGAACUGACAUGGCCAUCGAAAGAGAGAAAGAUCUCAAUAGUGUGUGUAAGGACCAAACAGCUCAAAUUGAGCGUCUAAACAGAAAGCUUGAGCAAUGCAAAUGCAUGAUCGAUCAAAAGAAUCAACUGCCACCAAUAAACGAGGAUGAACCCGAGAAAUCCGAAUCUAAGGAGCCGCCGCCUGAACUCAUAAAAGAGAAAUGCGAAAUUGAAGAGAUCCAAAGCUUCUCAACCUGCACCAGCCCACCACCACUCAUCAGAAGAUCAUCGUCUGACAAACUACGGUUGUCCCUGCUGUCCCAAUCUAUGCAGCUAAGAAAGAGUUUUGUUAACAGCAAAGAAGAAUUCGAGAAGGAGAGAGAAAAGUGGAUGGAGAUGGAGAGCGAGUGGAUCUCACUGACCGAUGAGCUGAGGAUCGAGAUUGAGUCAAACCGCCAGCGAGCCGAGAAGGCUGAGUCUGAAUUGACUUUGGAGAAGAAGUCAAUGGAGGAGCUAGACGAUGCCCUUGGGAGGUCGGUCUUGGGCCACGCGAGGAUGAUUGAGCAUUAUACAGAGCUGCAGGAAAAGUACAACGAGCUGGUGGAGAAGCACCGGGCAGUGAUGGAGGGGGUAGCGGAGGUGAAGAGGGCGGCUUCCAAGGCGGUCGGGAGCAAGGGUGGCAGGCAUGGGGCCCGCUUUGCGAAGGCACUGUCGUCUGAGCUCUCAGCCAUGAGGAUGGAGAGGGAGAGGGAGAGGGAGCUGCUGAGAAAGGAGAAUCGGAGUUUGAAGUUGCAGCUGAAGGAUACUGCCGAGGCUGUGCAUGCUGCGGGGGAGGUUCUUGUCCGAUUGAGGGAAGCCGAGGAGGCUGCCAAGCUGGCUGAGGAGAAAAAUUUGGCGAUUGAAGAAGAGAAUGAGAAAUUGAGGAGGCAGAUGGAGAAACUGAAGAGAAAGCACAAGAUGGAGAUGGUCACCAUGAAGCAGUACCUAGCUGAGAGCAGGUUGCCAGAGGCUGCCUUGAGAUCCUCACCACUUUACCGAGAGGAAGAUUCAGCUGACAUGGGGCGAGCAAAUGGCUCGUCAUUUCCAGAUGACGACGACCAGGCAUGGAGGGCCGAAUUUGGAGCAAUUUAUCAGGAGCAUUAUUAG